CCUACAUUUCGGCUCCCACUGACCUCUUGCUGAAAUAUAGAUUGAUUGAUUGCAAUUAAGGCAUCAAUAUUGCUUGAUAAAAUUAUGCACAUUUUUUUAAACUUAAUUUUUAUUAAAUUUUUUGAAUUUAGAUUCUGUUGAGUUAGUAGAUACAUCAGAAUCAUUACCUGGCUUAAAGACAUCUCCUGGUCUCAGUUAUUGGAAAGUAAUGAAUAGAGAAUUAGAAUCUUUUGAUUCCUUUGAUGAUGUCCCAGAUAAAUAUCGAACUCAAAUACGUCCACAAAUGUUUCCACCUGCUCCUGAAAUUGUCUCAAAGUUAAAUUUGCAUAGAUGUCUUCGCAUAUUACCACAUCAUCAGAACACAGGUGGAUUUUUUAUAGCUGUAUUUAAAAAAGUCAAAGAAUUUUUACCAUGGGAAUCUCAGAUAAAAGAAAUAGUUUCUCAUAAAAAUAAUGACAUUGAAGAAAAAUUGUCAGGUAAGUAAAUUUUAAUAUCUGAU